AUGUGCUUCGGAAGCAGGAAGAAGGAUGAGGGCGGUGUCUCCCGUUCGCGCGAACUUGAUCGGAUAAUCCGACAAGACGAGAAGCGCAUGUCGAAGGAAGUCAAGCUGCUCCUCCUCGGUGCUGGAGAAUCAGGGAAGUCUACGGUGCUCAAGCAGAUGAAGUUGAUCUAUGCCCAAGGUUUCAGCAAAUCAGAGAAGCUAGAAUGGAAGCCCGUCGUGUUCAACAACGUGGUGCAAUCCUUCCAGCUCAUCCUUGAGGCCAUGAACGAGAUGGACAUUGGCUUUGAGAACCCCGAGAACGAGAAGAACAUGGCGCAUAUCCUUGUCGACCAAGAAAUUCACCCUAAUAGCCCCAUGCCUCAGGACUUCCUUGACCCCAUCAAGUCACUAUGGCAGGAUGAGGGUGUCCGCAAGGCCAUUGAGAAGGGAAAUGAGUUCGCCCUCCACGACAACCUCGCAUACUUCUGCGACGACAUCGAUCGCCUUUGGGCCCAUGACUACGUUCCGACCGACCAGGAUCUUCUUCGCUCGCGACUACGAACUACCGGCAUCACCGAAACCGUGUUUGACCUCGGCCAGCUAACCUACCGAAUGUUUGACGUGGGCGGUCAGCGAUCGGAACGGAAGAAGUGGAUUCACUGUUUCGAAAACGUCAACUGCUUGCUCUUCCUCGUUGCCAUUAGCGGUUACGAUCAAUGUCUAGUAGAAGACAAGGAUGGGAACCAAAUGAACGAGGCUUUGAUGCUGUGGGAGUCGAUCGCUAACUCUCACUGGUUCGCCAAAUCCGCGCUCAUUCUUUUCCUUAACAAGAUGGAUCUGUUCAAGGAGAAGCUUGCCAAGAGUCCCAUCAACGACCAUGGCUUUACCGAUUAUAACGGACCCAAAGAUGAUUGGAAAGCCGCCAGCAAAUACUUUUGGAGAAAUUCCGGGCGCUCAACCGAAAUAGCGAGAAGGAGAUCUACGGCCACUUCACAAACGCGACCGACACGAACCUGCUCAAAAUCACCAUGA